ACUCUUCGAUACCUCUUCGUCAUCAAGAGAAUAGCUCAACAGCGAAUGCUACCUCGUUUCCUCACUACUGCUGCCACUACUACAACACUACUUCGACAAACGAUCAACAAGAUGGCUCCUGUUACCCACAUCGUCGGCUUCCGCUUCAAACCUACCGUCUCGGAGGAAGACAAGCAGAGGUUGAUCAGGGAGAUGGUCGGGUUGAGGAAGAAUUGCGUCAAGGAGGAUGGAAAGCCGUACAUCUUGUCCCUGACCGGCGGCCCUCAAUCUUCCCCGGAGAAAGCUUUUGCGACCCCGCACGACCUCGUCUUCCACGUCCUCUUCGCCUCCGCAGCCGAUAGGGACUAUUACUUACAGAAGGAUCAGGCGCACAAGAAGUUUGGGGGGGAGACGGCGGCGAAGUUGUUGGAUGGUGAGAAUGGGGGGGUGGUCGUUCUGGAUUUCGAGCAUGUUUUGGAAGGUUGAGACGCGCGAGGAAGUCGGGGUUGGGCAUAUUCGAACUCGAAAGUUGUGAACCUCGAACCUACCUUUCUUCACGGUUGUAUCCUGUUCUUGUCUUCAU